UCCCUCAGAUUUCCUCUCCCAGGUGGACUUCGACUAUUGACUCACAAUCCCCUUCGAUAAAAGCAACAUCCCACCCAAGCAACCAUGAGCACUCCCAGCACAAUCUCCAUAAACAAGCUCGCAGGCACGCGGGUGCUGGUAAUCGGAGGAACCUCCGGGAUCGGGUUCGCGGUGGCGCGCGCGGCGCUCGAGCACGGGGCGAGCGUCUUCCUCGCCAGCUCGCAGACCAAGAAAGUGGACGACGCGCUUAACCGCCUGAAAACCUUCUACCCGGAUCCAGAAUACCACGCGCGCAUGGCUGGGUGCGCCUGCAACCUCGGCGAUCCCGCCACCCUGGAGACCAACGUGCGCCACCUCCUCGAGCAGGCCACCUCCACCUCCACCACCACAACGGGAAAAGCUCUGCUGGACCAUAUCGUGUACACGGCCGGCGAUGCCCUGGCCCUGAAGCCCGUGACAGACCCGACGCUGACGGUGGCCGACAUUCACGCGGCCGGGACGGUGCGCGUGCUCGGGGCGCUGAUGGUCGCCAAACACGCGCAGACGUACAUGCACGCGACGUCCCGCUCGUCGAUCACCUUCACCAGUGGCGUGAAUGGCCACCGACCGGCGCCGGGGUGGACGCUGGCGGCGGCUAAUGGAGGCGCGGUGGAAGCGAUGGCGCGCGGGCUGGCGGUGGAUCUGGCGCCGAUCCGCGUGAACACGGUCAGUCCCGGCGCGGUGUUGACCGAGUUGUUUGAUAAUUUCGGGGAUGAGGCGGCUAAGCAGGCUGCGGUGACGCGGUACGCUGAUGAGACGCUGGUGCGGGAGAUUGGGCGGCCGGAGGAUGUGGCCGAGGCGUAUCUCUAUUUCAUGAAGGAUCGCUUCGUGACGGGGACGUUGGUACAUUCUGAGGGGGGGAAGUUGUUGAGGUGAUUUGCUGGUGGUGGUGGUGAGCGGGAGUUGUGUUU